AUGGGAUCUCAGGAAACAGAAACUUCUAAUCUGAACCUCGGACAAGGAACCUACCGUGAUGAAGAGGGGAAUCCAUGGGUGCUUCCAUCCGUGAACAAAGCUCGUGAAAGUCUUCUCGCCCAGGGCUUGCAACAUGAAUAUCUGCCGAUCUUGGGGUUCCAAAGCUUUCGAGAAGAAACCGCCAAGAUUAUAUUAGGAGACCUCUUCAAGGAACAAGCAAGUACAAGCUUGUCACACCAAAUCACCCAAGAUUUAAUUUCCGAACCAACUUGGUCUAAUCACCACCAGAUCUUUCAGUCUCUCGGCUUUCCAUGUGAGAGUUUCAAGUACUACAAUCACGACACGAAGAACUUGGAUGUCGAGUCCUACUACUCAACGUUGCGACAGGCAGAGCCGAACUCGGUGGAAAUCCUUCACGCCUGCGCACAUAAUCCGACGGGCUGCGAUCCCAGUAAGGAGCAGUGGCGCGAGAUCGCAGAUCUCAUGAAAGCACGACAGCUAUUUCCACUCUUUGAUCCUGCGUACCUGGGGUUCAAUUCGGGGAAUUUCGCCGAGGACGCAUUUCCCAUUCGGCUAUUUAUCGGUGAAAUGAAGAUGGAAGCUGGUGUGUGUGUGUCCUUUGCGAAAAACAUGGGUCUUUAUGGCGAGCGAGUAGGUUGUGUUUUAGUGAGCGCCAAUGAUAAGCAGGUCGCGGUGAAUACUCAGUCCAUGUUGGAGAUGUUGGAGCGAUCUGAAAUUUCAAACACCCCUGCUUUUGGUGCGAGGAUUGCAAGUCAAUUACUGGAAAAUGAUGAGUUGAGACACAUGUGGUUUCAAGACAUGAUGACCAUGAGUUACCGGAUUCGCUCCAUGAGAGUGGAAUUGUAUGAGAAGCUGGUUUCCUUUGUUACGCCUUUCCUGCAGCACUUUUCGGUCGGUUGCUCAUGUCUUCAGGGGCCCCUGGGUCUUGGGACCAUUUAA